AUGGUUCAUGUCAAUGCGAAAACUUUGCAUCUUCACUAUGAGCUAGAAAAGGGCGGUUAUCGAGGUUUUGAUCGGCGACAUUUUCCGGAAAAACAACGAACUACUAUUAACGAUGCAAAUGUUAGAUUUCGUCGCCGCACACAGAUCUGUUCAGCACCAGCUUCGCGAAAUAUUGAUGAACAAUGGCGUCCACACGGUCGGCAUAUCGAACCUGUAUACACAAAUUUCGGACCUGAUUGGCAAUCUCGUGUUCAUUACACCGCUCCACCAGAACAUCCAGACGGUAAACCUACCUUACCUGUUGCUUUUAUCGAACGUAAUAUUCGCUUUACCCGGCCGCAUCCACAAAAUUGGCAACGUUCAAUGAAUGAAUGGAUUUACGUCACUGACGAAUCAGUAGAUCACAAUCCAGCGAAACGAAAUCUCUUUGCUGAUAUACAUCUUCGAUCAAUAGAAGAUUUAGGAAAUCAAGAUAUGCAUAUGUCACAAAUUGGCCGUAAGAAACUUGUGUUCGACCGACGAAAUGGUAUACCAAAGAGAUCCGAAGGUGAUAAAACUUAUCAAAUCGUUGAAGAAUCACCAGGUUUUCAUAAAAUUGGUACAACAUUACCCGUUGUCGAGUUCGGACGUAAGAAAACGGAACAUGUUUUUGUUAAAGCUGUUGUACCAAUGACAAACGAAACAGUUCAUGUUAUCGACGAAAAAGAAUUUGCUGAGAAACUAAAAAAACAAGAACAGGAGAAUAUUAUUGACGAAGUUGCUCAAUUGGAUAAUUGGAAACCAGCGCCACGUGUAUCAAGUGCAUUUAAAGUAUUGGAUCUCGAUCCGACUGAUAAACGUAAUGGACGAUACCGGCCACGUAUACGCUAA